AUGACAGGGGCAGCUGGGGCCUUCAUGAUAGAGGCAGCUGGGGCCUUCAUGAACGAUGUGCCACAGCACCUUAGAAGCAGCUUUGAGUUCCUGCCACCUUACAUGUCUGAGCUGAGGGUUGUUCUGCUGGGGAACAGCUGGUCUGAGAGGAGUUCAGUGGGGAACUUCAUACUGGGAAAGACUGAGUUCAGCACUGAGGAAGAACCAGACUGCUGUCUGAGAGUCAGGGGACAGUUGAAGGAGAAAGAAAUAGUUCUCAUCAACACCCCAGAUCUGCUGCAUCCAAACAUCCCUGAAGACAAACUAAGAAAACAUGUAGAAAACUGUGUGAGUCUCUCUGAUCCUGGACCUCAUGUGUUCCUGCUGGUUCUACAGCCUGAAGACUUCACUGAGGAACACAAACUGAGGAUGUGCAGAGUCUUGAAGAACUUUGGUGGUCGACCAUUUGAUCAUUCACUGAUACUGAUAUCAACACCCAGAGAGGAGAGUCCAGGUUUUAUGGAAGAAUACAGGCAACACCCAGCCUUAAAAGACCUGAUCAGAAUGAGCCAGUACAGGUUUCUGUGGAGGAAAAACCUUGAGCUUGCAGAGCUGUUAACACGGUUAGGUCAGAUUGUGAAAGAGAACAACGGAGAACAUCUGAACCUGUAGUUAUUAAACUGCUAAAAGUGGAUUUCAGUUAGUUGGACUUAAGUAAAAGAUAAAUUUAAAAUGCUUUACUUUUUACUCCAAAUGUCCAACUCAAGAAUAAAAUCAUUUCAUUCAUCAGAAAGUGGUAGCCAAAUUGUAUAAGUUGCUGUAUAAGUUUGCCUGUCAGUAUCUCUGAGCAGUCUGAUAAUGUGCACAUAUCUUAGCUACAGAACAUAAAAGUAAAAGAGAGAGUCAGUAAAGGAAGGAUUUAAAGAUUUUCUUGUUUAUUCAAAAUGUUCUUUGAGCCUGUCAAGAUGUAAAGAGGAACAUGGUGUGUAUAUAUGCAACCCAGUCUCACAGCAAUUCAUGAAAUAGUCAUGAAAUUUAAUGUAAAUAUUCGUGUACAUGGACAUGAUUUUUCCAUUUUUUUCUUGACAGUCAGCAUGAUUUUCAAACUAAUGUAUUUUAAUUUGAAGUUGGUUUUGUACCUUUCGCACUUUUUUCUGUCAGUUGGGA